UCGCUGAGAUACCUGCAGCGGUAUGUGGAAAAAUUUCAACCAGGAUAAAUAAUUUGUAUUUACUUUUAUGUCUGUAUGUAAACGGCUGACCAAAUACAUGUAUUUGUUUUGUUGUUUUUGUAAUUCUAGGUAAAUAAAAAAGUAAACUAACAUUGAAGGAUUGGAGAAAAGCUCAACGAACUAUUCAACAUUCGGUGGGUGUACAAGUAACCAAUCAUGCAAGUUUCAUUCAGAAACUGACGGUGUAACGAGUGACUAGUGAAUUGGACAACGGCGCAAUAGCGUGUGAAUAACUGGAAAAUGCAUUAAUUGCAUAGAUGGAGAAUUAGAUAAAAAAUAAUAAUAAAAAAUAGAAGGCAGUGCUUACGGACUUUUACAUAUAAAUUUUAGACAUAUCAAGACUUCACGCUAAUAAAACCUAAACGGAAUCGGAAGUUUUUAAUUCAGAAAAAUAAUAUUUUCUCAAGCGUUAAGUGCAAAUAUGCAUUUUACCAAAAUAGUGCCGCACAAAUGAUGGGAUGUGGUUCAUCGAUGGAUACCAAUAGUGUAACUGAAGAGCCCAUACAGAGCUUGGAUCGUUGGCAGAAGGGCGAAAUGGACCCCGCUGCCGUUAUCGACGAAUUUGUGCGCUUGGAUGAGCGCAUUAGCAAGCUGGAGGCCACCUGUCCGGGUCCACGUAUGGCCACCGCCGAGGCAUGGGUGGAGCACUUGCAAUCGCAACGCGAUUCAUUGCUCGGUGUUGAUAGUUUAGAUGUGGCCUUGAAUCAACAAAGCAAUGGAGUGUUGCAGCAACAGCAGCAACAACAACACCCGCAACCGCCACAACACCAAUACACCCAACAAAUGGACAGUGAAAUAUUGACACUGAAUGAGAUCGAUGCAACCACCCCGCCACCCAUCCAUCAACCGCCCUUGCAACCGUUGAGCGUUACUGCAGCCAUAACAACAACGUCAAAGGUAAACAGAGGCACAUUACUACGCGGAAAUGGUGCCACUGCAAAUGGCUUAGGCGGUGCGGCACGACACGCUAAUAACAGCAUUGUGGCCAAUACACCCACCCAAGAUUUGGCUAAUCUUGCCAUCAAUUUGGGCGUUGUUGGCGAUGUAAAUAAGGCUUCCACACAUGAGGACUUCUUUGCGAGUCUCAGUGAAUCUGCGCUUUAUCUAACGUCAAUACGUUACUAUACCGAAAUACUGGAACAUACAAAGGUGCGACUGAAAACGCUCACCGAAAGCUACAAUGAAUUAAAUGAACUCUAUGUGCAUCACGAUGGCAUUAUAGCCUUUAUCAGUGGCGGCACGUACAUGACACGCCUGGAGGAGAGUCUCGACUCACAAUUGGAGGCAGCGCGUGAUGUGCGCGAUAAGUUGGGCAGCGCUUUGGAGCAAUGGCGUAUAUGCGGCACAUUGCUACGCACCAGCGCGACUUCGGCCACACAGGCUUUGCAGCAGUGGCAACAGCUGGCGAAAGCGAUUGAUCCGAAACACAAAGUACAACUUGCUUUGGAAUGUCGCACGGCACUGCAGGCCUCGCUGAUAUCGGUGGAGUGUGCGCAAUUGGCGCUGCCCCAUGUAGAAAUCAAGCACUUAAGUAAUCGUCAACUGCUGGCAGUUAAGCAUUGCAACACCUAUAUGAUUACGGAUAUAGCGAAUCUUGCAAGAUAUCAGCACACAAGUAAGGUAUUCACCUCCUUCGAGAGUAAUAUGUCCAAGGCCUCGAUGUGGCUGUAUGAGAUGUUCAACAAAACGUUGCGUCAUGAUUUCGAUAAAGCCGAGGAAACAGUGCGUAAUUUGGCGAAAACACUGAGGGAUCAUCGUGAGGAGAUUUUCACCGCAGCUCGAAAAUAG